AUGAAUGGUGCAACGUCGGACAAGUGCAUCCAGGAGUUAAGUCUACCAGUCGGUUUUGUCUUCACUACGAUACUUUCCGACUUUCCAAAAGCUACGGAUUUUAUGGUAGACAUUAGUGUCGCUGAUGAGACCACCUUUUUAGCUCGUCUUCAACUCUCCAAGCGCAGUGGGACGGAAAUUCUAUCGACACGAGGGAUAUCAAUUCUCUAUUCAAGGAAUAAGGAUGUGCUUGCGAUUACUUUAGCCGUGAAAAUCACCAAAUAUUAUCAUCUGCCAACUGAGGAAAACGUUCUCCCAUUACGGCAAACCGAAACUCAAACUGAGGUGGUGGAAACGCGCUCCAUUCAGACACAAGUGCAUUGCCUUCGCAGUACCAUCGGUUCCAACACUGAUUUCCAUUUCUUGUCUGUACCCGAACUCAAAGAAGCACUGGAGAGUGUCGUUACCAAGCAUCUUCAUUGGCGGAAAAAAUUGGGAGCAGAGAGACCUUCAGUCACAUCUGCUCCAGUGAAGCUGCCUUCAUUUCAAACAGAAGCAUCGAAGCUCAGCCUUGGAAAAAAUAUUGUGCCUCGUUUGCAAAAGCUACGAGUACUUGACAAGAUGAUCGGUGAAAGAGCCGCGCUUGUUGAAAACUUCGAUUCGCAGUUUGUUAAAAGUGAAGUCGUUCGCAAACGAAACAUAAUUAGGAAUUCUCGAAUUAGUAUCAAUGAUCUGCAAGGUAGCAAAGCCACCACAAAACCCGAGAAGCCGACUGCAACAACGAUCCCGGAACAGGUUAUGUCGACCGCCAAAUUAGAAGAGGAUUCGAAAUCGAUUCCGACAUCGAACAGCGACGAAAAAAUGGAAGAAUCCAGUGAAUCAGGAGAUUUAAAUGAGGAGAUUUCGACGAGUGGAACGUCUAUUAGUGGAGGAAGCUCUUCAUCGUCAAAAGAAACCAUUCUGAGAAAGAGUUCGUCAGCUGAUGUAUCAGAUGAAACGCCGAAAAUAAAUGGAGAACGAUGGCACAGACCCACUCACCAGAAACCAAUGGAAGACAAACCAGAUGAAGCCACAGAACAACUCUCUCCUACCAGUCUGUAUUUAAACGAACUUCGAGAGAAAAUCCUGCAAGAACGACUGCAAAGAAUUUAA